CUCCCCGUUCAAUAACCGCUGAGCUGCACAGGAUGCAGUGAUAUAUAUACCCCAACACAUAGGACGCAAUGUCCUACUCACCUCCGACGUACAGCUCAUGUACUGUACAUACCAGGAACCACUAUAAUUCUUCCCAGGUGACACACGCAGUUCUGUCUAUAUACAUACGAACAAUACCUCGUAUGCCAUCCUCUAGGACCGGGCCAUAUCCACACCAGCAACAAUGAUCCUCCACCGCCAGCGUCGGUUGCUCACAGCAGCCCUAGCAGUCCUAGCAGCCCUGAACACGACCGUCACCGCAGCUCCAGCUGUCACGGCGCCUAACAACUCCUCCUCUUCUGUCGUCGUCGUGAACCAAUCCGUCCCCGAAUCCGCUGGCCUGCCCGUGUUGCAUCCGUUUGUGUCGUUCUCGAUUGAGUUUGUCUUCUUUCCGGAUUAUGCGGGGAAUCGAAGCCAUCCGAAUACCUUCUCGAAUAACUUGCUGGAUAAUUUGGCCGAGUUGGAGGGAGUCAAGCCCUUUAUCCGGGUGGGAGGGAUUACGCAAGACUUCGCCCUCUACGACCCGACCCUCCCCACCGCGACAAACGGCACGUACGUGCCGAGCAUCAGCACCGACUACCCCCUGAUCCUGACAAUCGGGCCCUCGUACUUCGAGUCCUACUCGACCUGGCCGGGGGCGCGGUUCAUCCACGGCUUCAACCUGGGCCGCAACACUUCGGCGCAGUUCGCGCAGCUGCUGGAGACGGUGCCGGUGGUGUGCGCGGCGCUGGCCGGGGGUAAGCUGGCCUACUGGGAGCUGGGCAACGAGCCCGAUCUCUACAAGACCUCGGCGCAGGGGGCGGUGCGGCCGCCCUCCUGGACGGAGCGGGACUACGUGAAUGAGUGGGUAAACAAGACGACGGCCAUCCAGCAGAAGAUGCGCGCGUCGUGUUCCGGGGAAUUCGCGGACGUCAAGUAUAUCGCGCCGUCGUUUGCGGGGGUCUCCAAUAGUCUGAACCCGGUGGUGACGUGGGAGAAUGGGCUUAACAGGAAGGGGAAUAUCGCGCUGAAUUCGGAGCAUAAUUACAUUGGCGGCGCCACGCAACCGGGCGUUACACUGCAGAAGACACUGAUGAACCAUACGAUGACGGUCCAGAGCGUCGCGCAGCAUGUCAAUGUCUCGACCAUCCUGCUCCAAAAGAACCUGACCACGGAUAUCCCGUAUAUCCUGGGAGAGACCAAUUCCUUGUACAACGAAGGCGCGUCGGGGCUCUCCAAUUCGUUCGGUGCGGCGCUCUGGGGCGUCGACUUCAACCUCUACUGCGCAUCGCAGAACAUCCGACGAACCCACAUGCACCAGGGCCGCGACUUCCGCUACGCCUCCUGGCAGCCGGUCGACACCAACAGAACCACCAUUGGCACCAAGGCGCCCUACUACGGCAACGUCAUGGUGGCGGCUGUGCUCCACGGCGGCGAGGGCGGCGAGAAGGAUGAUGUCCAGAUCGCCAACCUUCCGCUGGAGCAGGACACCGAGGCCGCAUAUGCCGCGUACGUGAAUGGUGCCUUGGCCCGGAUUGCUGUCAUCAACCUGGUGGAGUUCAAUUACACCGGGUCGACAACGACGGGCAGCAGCCAACGACCCAACGCAUCUUAUGUUUUCCAAGUGCCCUCAGCUGCUGCGGGAACCACCGUGUCAGUGCAGCGGCUGAUAGCCAACGGUAGUGACGCUAUCACAGGAAUCACCUGGGAUGGGUGGUCGUACAAUUAUGAACUGAACAAUGGGAAGCCUGUGCGUUUGGCAAACAUCACGGCGGGAGAGACAGUUCCUGUUAGCAGAGAUGGAACAGUGAGCAUCGAGGUUCCUUAUUCGAGCGCUGCUCUCUUGACGUGGUAGGAGUCAGGAUUUCGAAUGGUGAAUGCAGGAUGGAUGGCUUUCCAAGGGGGGUUGCUCUUCAGACUGUCAAGCAUGGCAAAGCAGGCUGCCGUGUUUGCAGCAGCCUUAUAGCAAGCACUGGGACGGUGCGCAUCGUUGCAGAUAAUAGGAAAUUAGGCCCUCAACAGGGGCUCGCGUGUCUCAUGAUGCUAAGCCACGUCCUGUCGAGCUGGAC